UCGGCUGAUCUCAAAUCUGUGAAACGUCUGUCGCGACAACAACCCCCGUUUCGUCUUUUCUCGCGAGAAACCACGAAGUUUCCGGUGUUGUGGAUGUUCUUGGAAACAUGGCGGCCAGCUUCCGCGGCCGUCCUAUCCGGAGUCUUCGGAUGCGAGGUCGGAAUGACAGCGGGGAAGAGAACGUACCGCUGGAUCUAACCAGAGAACCCCCAGAAAACUUCAGGGAAAUACUUCAAAAUGUGGCCAAACCACAUGGAGUCAGUAACAUGCGAAAACUUGGCCACCUGAACAACUUCGUCAAGCUGCUAUGCAGCGUUGGACAUCAUGAGGAAAUCUUUGGGUUUACAUACGAAGAAAUCAUUGUUUGUCUGCGACUAGCAUUACUAAACGAGGCUAAGGAAGUGCGUGCUGCUGGAUUGCGGGCACUCCGCUACCUCAUCCGUGACACCAUUGUGCUGCAGAAAGUCCUCAAACUGCAGGUGGACUAUUUGAUAGCCAGGUGCAUUGACAUCCAGCAAAGCAACGAAGGGGAAAGGACUCAGGCUCUGAGACUAGUCCGUAAGAUCAUCACUGUCAAUGCAAUGCUUUUCCCCACCUCUGUUGCAAACUCCAUUAUUGCCGUGGGAACUGACGGACUACAAGAGAGGGACCGAAUGGUCCGUGCAGCCAUCGCAAUUGUCUGCGAGCUUGCCCUGAAAAACCCAGAGGUCGUCGCUAAACGGGGAGGCCUCAGCACUAUCUUGAAGAGUGUGAUUGACUGUCAGCUGAGCCGCAUCAAUGAAGCUCUAAUCACCACCAUCCUCCAUCUUCUCAACCACCCACGUACCCGUCAGUACGUGCGCAUCGAUGUAGAAUUAGAGCAAAUCCUCGCGCCAUUCACAGAUUUUCACUAUCGUCACAAUGCAGAUAUGGCUGAAGGGCAACUCAAAGAGGACAAAGAGGCACGCUUCUUAUCAAGUAAAAUGGCCAUAGUGGCAGCUUUCCGCUCUUGGUCCGGGAUCAUCAACCUAUGCAAGGUUGGAAAUUCUGGAAUCCAAUCUUUAAUUGGUUUACUUUGCAUACCAAAUAUGGAAGUUAGGAAAGGCUUGUUGGAGGUGUUAUAUGAGAUCUUUAGACUCCCUGUGCCCAUCAUGACUCAAGACUUCACUGAGGCUCUUUUAAGUGUUGACCCGGCCAGGUUCCAGGAUACAUGGAGACUCUCAGAUGGGUUUGUUGCUGCUGAAGCCAAAGUUAUUCUUCCGCACAGGGCGCGCUCACGACCUGAUUUGAUGGAUAAUUACUUAGCAUUUGUGCUCUCUGCCUUCAUCACCAGUGGGCUGCUUGAGGGUCUUGUAGAAGUGGUGACAAGCAACGACCAUCAGCUUGCUGUCAGGGCCACCAUCAUCUUGGGCGAGCUUUUACAUAUGGCAAACACCAUCCUUCCACAUACCCACAGUCACCACCUGCACUGCCUUCCCACCCUUAUCAACAUGGCAGCCUCCUUUGACAUCUCUCCGGAAAAGCGACUUCGGGCAAGUGCCGCUGUCAACAAUCUGAAGCGUUUCCAUGAAAGAAAGAAGAAGGGUUUUAAACCACACAGCCUCUAUCUGGACCACAUCAUCCGCAAGUCUGUGUCCUCACAUAGCCGCAGAGAGUCACACUCGCGGGUCCAACGGGACAUCUAUGUCAUUAAGGACACAGAGGAAGCGUUGAUGAUGAACUUGAGAGACAGUCACAUUCUCAACCAUAAGCAAAACCUCGAGUGGAACUGGUUGCUCAUUGGCACUAUCCUUAAGUGGCCACAUGUAAAUCUCAGGAACAACAAAGAUGAACAGAUGCACAAGUUUGUGCGGAGGCUGCUGUACUUUUACAAGCCCAGCAGUAAAUUGUACGCAGGGCUGGCUUUGGAUCACGUUAAGGCGAGGCAACUCACUGUGGUUGGCUGUCAGUUUGUUGAGUUCCUCAUGGAUUCGGAUGAGGAUGGCCAGGGCUACCUGGAGGACCUGGUGCGGGAUAUGGUAUCAUGGCUGUCUUCAUCUGCAGGCCUCAAGCCCGAGCGCUGCUUGCAAAGCAACGGCCUGCUCACCACACUUAGCCAACACUACUUUCUCUUCUUGGGCACGCUCUCUGCGCACACUCAGGGCGUCAAACUUCUGGAGAAAUGUGGCCUGUUUCAGUGCCUGCUGAAUCUUUGCUCUGUGAAGAACCAAGAUGCUGUGCUGAAGCUUGCUGUAGCCACAUUGGACUACAGCAGGGAUGGUCUGGCAAGAGUGAUCCUCUCCAAGAUCCUCACUGCUGCUACUGAUACAUGCAGACUGUACGCCACCAAGCACCUCCGUGUGUUGCUGCGAGCAGCGGUGGAGUUCUUUAGCAGCUGGGGCAUGGAGCUGCUGGUCACGCAGCUUCACGACCAUAGCAAGGCUGUGUCCAUGGAGGCGCUCGACAUUCUGGACGAAGCCUGUGAGGACAAGGCCAACCUUCACGCCCUUAUCCAGCUGAAACCAGCUUUGUCCCACCUGGGAGACAAAGGCCUCCUGCUGCUCCUCAGGUUCCUGUCCAUACCGAAAGGGUUUUCUUACCUCAAUGAGAGAGGUUAUGUCAGCAAACAGCUCGACAAAUGGCAGAAGGAAUACAACUUGAAAUACGUAGACCUGAUAGAGGAGCAACUCAACGAAGCACUAACAACCUAUCGCAAACCUGUUGAUGGCGAUAACUAUGUCAGACGCAGCAACCAAAGGUUACAAAGACCAAAUGUCUAUCUCCCUGUGCACUUGUACGGUCAGCUAGUCCACGAUAAAACGGGCUGCCAUCUAUUGGAGACUCAGAGUAUAGUUCCUGACCUCAGCUACACGGUUCGCUCCCCGAUGCUGGACACCUGGGAGGGCAUCAAGCAGCUGAAGGCAGCUCUCUGGGCUCUGGGCAACAUUGGCUCUUCGAACUGGGGUCUGAAUCUCCUUCACGAGGAGAACGUCAUCCCUGACAUGCUUACAUUAGCUCAGCACUGCGAGGUGUUGUCAGUGCGAGGCACGUGUGUUUAUGUGCUGGGGGUGAUCUCCAAGACGAGGCAGGGGUGCGAGAUGCUGAAGCAGUACGGUUGGGACGCAGUCAGGCACAGUCGCAGGACGCUGUGGCCAGUCACUCCAGAUGAGGUCGAAACCCAAUUGACCUCCGAACUGUCGUCCGUGCCGAGCACUCUCAGUCUCAACUCUGAGUCCACCAGCUCCCGUCACAACAGUGAAAGCGAGUCUCAACCAAACAUGUACAUCCUGGAUGAUGACAAGUGUGAUCUUCUGGACCAGUCCGAUGAGACCCCUUUCUAUAUACACUCCAAACCAGUCAAGGACCGCAGCCCCUUCACUAUCCUGGCCUCCACACGCUUUGUUCGGGCACGCUUCCUCAACUCCCUGUCCCUGCCCAGCAAGAAGCUGCGCUCCACAAGUGACCCCAAGACCCCGACGGGCUCCCGCACCCCAACUGAGUUGAAGAUGAGGCGGAACCGGACAGUGACAGAGCCAUCCGUUUACAGUCCGAACCAGGGUGACGUCUUCACCACUGUGUUGAAUGGCAGGGGAAUGCCGAAGAGUCCCACGGUCAGCCUGGAGACGUCAUUCGUCGGAACCAGAGGGGGAUCCGAGGAGCAUCUCGUCGAUGGGAAGCUGGCCCGGGGAGGAGGCUCAGGUUUGGCGCUCAGCGGUCUUGGAGGGCACCCGGAGCAUCCCGGUCGAGAAAGGGAGCAGAGCAGCCGAGAGCGUCUGGCGGGGGGAGACGGAGGAUCCUCGUCUAGCGGGGGUAAUGUGGGAGGCGGGGGGAGCACAGGAGGUACCCAGUUCAAGAGCCGCAGUCAGAGCUUUAACACGGACACCACGACCAGCGGCAUCAGCUCCAUGAGUUCCAGCCCGUCGAGGGAAACGGUCGGAAACCCCGAGCAUUCCGAACCCGAGCCGGACUCUUCCGACUGCGUUAGCCUCAACACCGUUGUCUCAGCCAAGACUGUCAAAACGCUGUCCCCUCUCACCGCCCAGGCACAGACGAACCACGUGUCCGCGUCCAAGUCCUCCGCUGUCUCUCUGGUGCCACCCGGCUCCUCGCACACGCUCCCCCGUCGGGCUCAAUCCCUCAAGUCCCCCUCGGUGACCACCAUCAAGAGCCUGGCUGACUGCAGCUUCAUGUACACCAGCCCGAGAGACGCGCUGGGCUACGCCACGCUGAAGCGGCUGCAGCAACAAAGGAUACACCCGUCUUUGUCCCACAGCGAAGCGCUGGCUUCCCCUGCAAAAGACGUCCUCUUCACAGACACCAUCACUAUGAAGACUGGCAGCUUGGACUCUAGACUCACACCUCGGAGCCUCUCCCCCCGGAUCCUCUCACGUUCCUCUCCUCUUGGCCUCCCUAGAUUUUUGAAGGCUCUGAGCUUCGCCUCCCUGGACAAAGAGGAGCUCCUCAGCCCAAUCAACCAGAACACCUUGCAACGUUGCUCGUCCGUGCGCUCCAUGGUUUCCAGCGCCACGUAUGGGUGCAGCGAUGACUACAUUGGUCUCGCGCUGCCCCUGGACAUUACUGACAUGUUUCACGUCAGAGAAACGCCAUACUUUCAGCAGAGGAUAAGCCCACCGUCAGAGGAGAGGAAACGCUUCCUCUUUGGUGAUGAAAAUGGCGAUCGUCCCGCCCUCCCAAUACUGAAGCAACAGUUCAGCAUCUCGGAGCUGAUCGUGAACCGAGGCGACUGCCCGAACCACAUUGUUGACUCGGAUGAGACGGGACUGCAAGAUCACAAUGAGGACAACUGCCUCUACUGUGUCGGAGCCAUCGUCCUCGGAUAUCCCGCACAGCCGCCUGUCAACAGCGCACGGUCUCGGACGGACUAUGUGGACUUUGCGUCCUGGGGGGGCCAGAGCGGCCAUCGCCUGGAGGUGAUGCCCCAGUCCAAGUACUCCGGCGUGUCAGGCUGCAGCGACGCCGCGGUGUCGCAAGGCUCCAUCUGUGGCACGCCCACGCCGAGCGACAUUGUCAUUGGCGGCAAGGCAAUAUCAGAGGACAGCCCUGCCCCUCGAGUGCUGCUAAGAAAAGAGGUUCUCCGCCUCAUCAUCAACCUCAGCUCGUCUGUAGGGACCAAAGGACACGAAACGGGACUUCUCACGAUAAAAGAGAAGUUUCCAUAUGCAUUUGAUGACAUCUGCCUGUACUCGGAAGUAUCUCACCUCUUAGCCCACUGCAUGUUUCGUCUGACCUCCCGACGUUUCAUACAGGAGCUCUUCCAGGAUGUGCAGUUCAUGCCAAUGUACGAGGAGGCUGAGGCAAUUCUGACAAAGCUGCCAAAACCUGUUGAAAAGGAAGAGGAGCCUCCUGCGGAAUCCUGAUCCACCUCCUCCUCCUCCUUCCCCACCCGUGUCUUGCCUAGCAACCCCUGAACGCACCACCCAACCGUGAACAAUGAAAGACUGAGAAGGCAGAUGUGGCUCGAAGGGUGGGAGCGGCUUUGGCGUGUCUGUUGCUCAAAAGGGAGCACAGAGUAACCAAGGAGGGGGGGGGGGGGCGUCACGUCGCACGGCGUCGCUCGCUCGCUUUUCUUCAAGCCAACGAGCUUGAAACGAAGAACUUCGCUAUCUGUAAACAAGGUUUUGCCGCCUCACGCUGUUCCUGGAUUUUUUUUUUUUUUCUUUUUAAAAAAACAGGCGACAAAAGAGGAGCAGCUUAACCAAAUACUGUUUUCAGAGCGUUGGCAAACGUGAGCAACACUCAAUAACACGUGACAAAAAACAAACUGGAUCAAACGGACAAAGGACUUUCGCUGUUUCAAAAAAAAAAAAAAAGAAUAAUAAUUCUAUUGACUGUCUCUCCUUCCAGAGGUCGUUUUCUGUUAUCACGGACAUUUUGCUCACCCAGUGAGUCCUCAGAUCCUGCAUAGCUUUUCUCCCAUUUGAAACAAAACACUACAGAAACGGGGUCCUGCUUUUUUUUUUUUUUUUUUUUUUUUUUUUUUUUUAAUUUUUUGCUUCACAUUCACCUUCCAAGCCACGAGUUUGAGCUUCUUCUCCUUCCUUUGCGGAAGUUGUCAGCACAAGACGAACGAUUCUUUUCCUGUUCCUCGUUUGUCAGACAAUCAAAACAUCUGUAGUACGUCAUUUUAAGCACUAUACUGUACAGUAUAUGCCACCCUUGCAAUGUACGUGCGGAGAAUAGCAUGUAGUUGUAUGCCAGUUCUUCCCAUCCUUUUCUUUUCUUCCCUUCUCUCGCCAUCGCAUUUUUACUAAGCUUGUUUUUUUUUAGUCAGGAAGUGCGACGAUCUUUGGCUACUCGCGCCGCACAUGCUUUCCAUCGUGUAGAAUGUCAUCUGACCAAUUUAGGAGCAGACCCAGGAGCUACCCUACACUAUGCCUUCUUACCUCUGUGCUUCACUUCCUCUGCAUGUGUAACACGCAUGGGCCAAGUCGUCACCUUAACUUGUAAAACUUUUUUUCUUUUUUUUUUUUUUUUUUAAUAUAAAGAAGGUUACCAUGACAUUGUAGGAGAAUAAAUACCCCAUAUUCUCGUUUCCACAAUGCAAUAUCACAGUCAGUAGGCUGGGAUUGGAGAGGGGGGGAGGGGGGGCGACUAAAGCAUCUGUACAAGGUUGCCAAGGAAACGGGACUGGACUGAUCCGUUUCCAUUGGCUUAUAUUUUGCUCUAAUGCUGCUAGACAAAUGGACUCAUAGAGAGAUGAUUCAUAGAUCAGCUGCGUGAUGUCAGAACUGAUCUAUUUAUUAUAUGUCUGUACCAUAGUGAGCUCAACCAGAGAAGAAAAAGUUAUUUAUAUUUUCCUCAAAACUGUAAUAUAAUUUAAUAAGGGUUUUUUUGUUUGUUUUUGUUUUUGCCUGAAUCGUGGUUUCCCCUGUAUAUUGUGUACAGUGUGUUUUGGGGGCAUUGAUGACCUAAAGAAACAUACAAUCCUAUCAAAGGGAUGCAUUGUUCAUUAAAAAAAAUGGAAAUACACUUAUUAGUUUGUUUUCUGUAACUCGUCUCAAGGAUAAAGCAAACUAAACUUAAACAGAAAAGAAGUGAGAUUCAGAAUUUUGGCGACCAACAUUCCGGUUGUAGAACAAAACGUUGCCAGUGUGGAACAAUUUGGGUGCAAAAGUACAAUUUAUUUCCUGCCUCGCAAAGUAACUACAUUAAAGUCUUUAAGUGGCAAUGCUUAUAAUUAAAAAGCUCCUGCAACGCAAGAACAAAAAGUGCAAAGUCCAACUUAUGCUUUGAAAUUGCAGUUUGAGAACAUUCUGGAGUGUCGUCAUUGAAUUCCAAACUGUGCAAUAUUAAGUAUACUGUAUACACAAACUAAUUACAUUUCAUAAAAGUAAAAAAAAAAAAAAACGGAUGAAUGUGUUGCGUCCACUUCUUGUCCUGACGCGUUAAAAAAGUGAAACAACGACACUGCAGUGCCAGUGAGGAGAUAUUGUAAGUACAAACUCUAUGCAGAAGUCUCAUUGGUGCAAAGAUGAUAGUCCAUGACACAACUAUGUAGUUGUGUUCGGCUAACUUGUCCACCUAUUAUGGAGGUACGAAGUCAGGUUAAUGAUUUCCCUUUGGCGCUACAGUGAAGAAAAUAAGUAUUUGAACACCCUGCUAUAUAGCAAGUUCUCCCACUUAGAAAUCAUGGAGGGGUCUGAAAUUUUCAUUGUCGGUGCAUGUCCACUGUGAGAGAGAUCAUCUACAAAGAAAGAUCCAGAAAUCACAAUGUAAGAUUUUUUUUCACGAUUUGUGUGAUACAGCUGCAAAUGCGUAUUUGAACACCUGUCUAUGAGCUAGAAUUCUGACCCUCAAAGACCGCCUUUAAAAGCCCACCACCACUCCAUGGAUUAUCCUGAAUCAGAUGCACCUGUGUGAGGUCGUUAGCUUCAUAAAGACACCUGUCCACCCCAUACAAUCAGUAAGACUCAAACUGGUAACAUGGCCAAGACCAAAGAGCUGUCCACAGACACCGGGGACAAAAUUACAGUAUACAACUCCCC